GCCGCGCUGUUUCCUCUUGGUGAUUGUCACUUCCGUAUGCUCGUAUUAAGCAACACGCCGCUGCUCGACAUACAUACGUACACACACUAAGUUCAAACUGCUUAUAAAACCCAGGAUUUUCAACUGCGUAAUGCAUAUCAAAACAGGUACUUGGGAGUCAAGCAAUGGAGUGUGCGAGUCUGAUCCCUUGUGUGAUCCAGCCGUCCUAGUGUCACCUCCUAAACCAGAACCACACAUCCGGAACCGGCGCCUCUCCCCUGGCUCUGGCAGCUGCGGUGGGGGAGGAGGAGGAGGCUGUUCCUCUAGGAUGGAUAAGCCAUUUCAUCAGGCUUCACCGAGCAGUCUGAACGGUUCUCUCAACGGCACUGGUCACACCCAGCCCUUCGCCUUUAGCCGGGACAGAGAGCGGCGUGCCCCGAAUAAAGGAAGAAGUUUUCGGAGAGACGGGCCAAGACCAGGGCCUCGUUCAGAUGAGAGAACCUUUAAAACCGGUCAGAGUCAGAUACAAAAGGAAAGAUGGGUAGAAAACAGCUUGUCUUUGCUCAAACCCCCACCUGCCUUUCCGGUUAAAGACAGCCCAGCCAAGCUGCAGCCGGCCGUAAGUUAUGCCUCUAAGGUGAAGGCAGGGGGAGGCUCUCCAGGGGCAGCAGAGGAACCACCGGGUAUUGGGGUUUUACUGCAGAACCAGUGGGGACUUAGCUUCAUCAGCGAUGGCCCGGCGUCAGAUGACGCACAGGCCAGUCCACCGAAGAGUCCAGAUGUCCACCCAGUUGCUGGCGAGGUUAUUAUAAAACCAGCCCAGUCUUCUUCAGAUCCUUUAACCAUUCAGUUCCCAAGAGAUACAGAGAGUUCAGAGGAGCUUUUGCUUAGCUGUCGCCACCUGGAGGAAGCAUUGGAGUAUCACACACAAGAAUGGAACGCAAUAUUACGGAAACAAAAACGAGAUCCAGCAAAGGUUGUUUGGUACAAGGAUGCCCUGGAAUCACCAGCCUAACACACACUAACACAUCUUGAGCAAAAUCACACUCAUACCCAAACACACAUACACGCACUUCACUCAGGUUAUCUUUCCCACAACAUUUAUACCAAGACACUUCAGACUUUUCCCAUUUGAAGAUAGAUGUCUUGGACUUCUCGGUUGCCUUACAACAGUCUGCCUCAGGCGCAGAGUCCCUCUGCACACCUCUGUCAUUUUAAUGGUGGAGAAUUGUCGAUUUUAAAAAAAAUUGUUACGGAGCUGCAAUUUUAUUUCAACGAACUGCAGUUUUAGAGUUAAGAAAGUCCUCUUUUAUUUCUCCCUUGUUCCUACUUGUGUGCGAGUGGUUAAAUCAAGCACUUUUUGACCUGUAGUUGAACAUGUCAUCCAUUUCUCUUGAAGACUGAGCUCAUGUUUAGAGCCAAAUCCAGAAUGUUUUCACAUCAGUCUUCCCUUCCUUAAUAAUCUCCUCUUCCCACACAAAUUGUUUCAUAUGAAGUUUACAGAGGUGCAGCUGGCACAUGAUGGUAGCACCUUUAGAUGUCUAUUGGUCUUAAUGCUGUUUUUUAAUAUAUAUAUAUAUUUCACCCAGAUUGAAUGUCGGUCAUAAGUCCUAAUGGAAAUCCGUUGCUGUGUAUGACCUAACCUUUUUUUUUUUUAGAAACAUACAAAUAAUUUACACUGGAAGAUGUUCAGAGAUUUAAUCGAACAGUGUUGCAUAGUAAAAAUUAAUAAACUUUAUAAAACA